CUCGUUUUCAAUCACACGUGCGAGAUUUAUAAGAACCAAUAGAGUUUUUUCCCCUUUUUUUUUACAGAAUUGUCUGUCUUAAUCGAAAAUGGGAAGAAACAGAUCAUCAAAUGAAGCCGCACCAAAAGGUCCCGGAAGGAAAGCAAGGAAACAGCCUGCUCCAGAAUUACCAGCAGCCCUUGGUAAGCUGAUGUUUCUGAUGUAAACAUUUCUGCUAUCGUUACAUGGUCAGCAAUGCCCAGCUGAAAUCAUACUCGAUAAGCUGAAUUAUACGUUCUGAGUUCUUUUUCUACUCAAUAAGGUUGUGAAGAAGCCAUUUAUGCAACAUUUAAGCAAGCAUGUCUUGAGCAACAAGUUAGGUUAAUGAUAGGUACUGCUUAGCACCCAAUAGCCCAUUUCUUAAAAUUAUGGUAAAUUAACAUAAUAUUAUACACAUCCAAUGAGUUGCAUUGGAUGCGUUGUUUAGCAUUACGCUUAUGUUUUUUGGCGCAAAAAUGUUUAAAAAAUAUUGGUGUAUAAGAUUGGCCAGAAGGAGUCCAUUAUAAAGGGGUAUUCAUUCUUCAGAAUCCAUCCCAUUUUCCUUUCUUCUUUGCAUCUUUAAGCAAACAUCCUAACUGGUGAGACAACAAAAUAGAGCCCUUUUGUAUUGUUCGUUGUUGUAAAAUGAUACCAUCUUGAAGCAGAUGUGAAGUGAAAAGCAUGCAGCCUUUGCCACUUCCAUGAGAAUCACCACCAUGAGCUUGUGCACUUCAUGGGAAAAUAACUUUUAAAAGUAAUUGUGCUUUGUACAUUACUGACUUUGGAAUAUAAUAAUAAUAAUAAUUAUAAUAAUAAUGAUAAUAAUAAUAAUAAUAGUAAUAAUAAUAAUAAGUCUGCACAAUUGAAAUGAGCUGCCCAUGGAUUGAGAGUAGAGCUAAGAAAGAUGAGGAAAAGACACUCAAGUAUGGGCCCAUGAUGUGGGAGCUGAAGCAGAGAUACAAUGGUUACAGGGUUGAACAGUUCAACGUAAUAAUUGACGUACUGGGGGGUUACUCUAAACACCUAGAGAAGUCGGUGAGGAAGCUACUUGGAGCGAGAGCACGGAGCGUACUUGAUCGAAUGCAGAAGUCGGUCAUCUCAAACACUUUAAACAUUGCCAGAACAUUUAAGAUAAAUGCUUAGUUAGGGCGCUAUGGACUUCAGUUUUAGGUUUUUGUUUUUUCUCUAGAAAUCUAGAAACACAAGCUUGCUGACGUUUUAAUUUAGAUUUUUUAGAACAUUAGAGUGUGAUAUUAUUACAAAUAUGUUUUUAGUAGAGAUAGCGAAGGUUUUACAGAGUAUCAGAAUUUCAUAAUAAUCUAAAUUGGCUUUUUAAGUAGAGAGAUUUAUAUCACUAUGUAUAAGCUUUUAGUAGAGAUAGCGAAGGUUUUACAGAGUAUCAGAAUUUAAUAAUAUUCUAAAUUGGCUUUUUAAGUAGAGAGAUUCUACCACUAUGUAUUUUAGGAUUGUAUUAGGUUUCGUAUCGACCUUUUUUUACUUCUAAGUAUAGCUUCUCAAGUGGUGUAGGUUACGCUAUGCGCCCUACACUACUCAUAAUGUGGACAGCAUUCCAAAGUUUCAUACUGCGACAUAAUAAUAAUAAUAAUAUGCAUGUAUAUACAGCGUGCAAAGAAAGUAAUGUCCGAUAGCCUGGGGCUAGUGGAUUUUGCUAUCGGGCUAGUGAAUUCUGUUUUUAACUUGCCCGAUGGGCAAGUGAUAUUUUUUGAGCAAUUAGAAUAACAGAAGAACUGUGACAUCGAUUCUGCUCGUCAAAAAGAUUUUGGGGUAGAUGAAAUGACGUCUGGGUUAGUGAAUGCUAGCUUCAGCUUACGCGAAUGGCAAGCUGAUAUAGUAUGAACUAAUUUCGAAUACUGGUAUUUGGUGGGAUGUUAGAACUUCUCCUUUGUCUGAGAAACCUGUUUUUAAUUAUUUGAUAAAGAUAAUACACUGUGAAUCGCUUGAACGUACUUUCAGCUGGUAGAGCCUUAGACCUCAAACAAGCUGACAUGGGUGACCAUGCACUGAUGGUUGAGUUUAACCUUGCCUAAAUAUAACUAUAUUAUACACCCAGUGAAAUGGGAUCCUCUUGUUCUGAUAUGCUCUGACAUUCUAAAAACAUUAAGGGUGGCCAGUUAUUCUAAUUACAUUGUACGUGGAUUUUAUCUAGGUAGUCUGUAAGAUAAUUCUAUCGAGUACUACCACAGUGAAGUUCAUUAAAUGUUUGUUUCCUUUCACAGUUAAAAGUGGUGGAGAGAAAAAUCAUAUACAAAAGGCUAAGAAGAGGUAAUUAAUCCUUUGUACCUAGGAGUACUAGCUGCGCUAGUAACUCUUUGAACUAGUGUAUAAAAUUAAUGUGUCUACAACUUUGUUUUCAGAAAAUUAAAAGAAUCAGCGGAUUCAAAUGGAGUUGUGUCAUUCAGUGAUAAGGUAGUUUGUGGUUAAUCAGACAUACAUUUGUUAGGUGAACUUCAGUUGUUUUACUUGUUUCUAAUUCUUUUGAUCACAGCCUGAGGACAAAAAGAUGAAAAAGACAAAGAAAUCACAAAAGUAAGUUUGCUUCCGAUGAUACAUCUGUUUCAAGUAUUUGAUUCUUACAUGUAAUAAGGAGAAGUGGGUCAGUGGCAUUAUCAAUUUCUAGACCAUUAAUAAAUAUCCAGGGUAUGAUAUGUUUACAUAUUUGUAUAUUGUUUACUCUUAAAGGCAUCUUGAGCAGUGUAGUGAUGAUGAGGACAGAAAUCAAUCUGAGGACAUUUUUGGUGAAGAUUCAAGUGGUAUGAUUGUUCUGUUGCAGUAUUGAUGUACAUGUAGCAUUGUAACAUUAUAAUAUAUACCACAAAUAUAGAUAUUUGAAAAGAUUCAUUUUUGUCCAUGUUAACAUACAAAUCCAGACUGUGAGAUAACGCAGGCCAACUCAGGAACAAAAUUUUCUUGACCAAGCUGUCAGCCUUUGGGGGCAGGCCUCUUCCCCAGAUCUUCCACUGACAAAAGUUUUAACAAAUAAAUUGAAAUAAAUGUUUUUCAAGUGCAUCCCCCCUGAAGACUAAAAUUUACCACAACUUUUUUUUGUUAAUUUCCUAGAUGAAGAGGUGAAAGUGAAUUUCAAGUCAAUGUAAGGAUUGCUUUAUUAAAUACUGUUUAUAAAUUCUGUUUAAAUUAAAUUCUGUUUAAAUUCUGUUUUUUAAAGUAUAAGUUCCUCCAAUCUAAAAUAAAUGUGAAUCGAAUUUUGAUAAAACCCAAAAUCUAUACUCAGACCUUUCAGUGAUGAGAACAAAAGUUGGUUAAAGCUUGCACAGGAGAAAAGUACUGAUGACGAGGAUGGUGAUGAUGAUGACAUGGUAAAGUUGCAGUCAAUUUUCUAACUGAAUGUGAAAGUACGGAUAGGUUUGUUAACAUUUAUGUUUGAAUUAAUUUUUUCUCUCUCUCAUAUUUUCUACAGCCAGCUGAUGAAUUUAGUGGUGAAAGUGACGGCAAUGAAGAUGAUGACAGUGAUGAUGAUGAUGAUGAUGGUGAUGAUGAUGAUGAGGUAUUAUCCUUGUAUGGUGCACUCAUGUCUGACUCUGAUCAAAGUGAAAAUAUUACAUUAAAUUUAUACUGAAAUCUUUGUUUCAGAUGCUUCCCAUUGAGAAGAAAUCCAAAAAGUUGGACAAAAAGAAGGCCAGAGACAAGUUAGUUUUGUUCAGAUAGUGGUUAUAAUGCAAUUUGGUAAUAUUAAAACAUUUAACAUACACACUUAAAAUUUUUAACACAUGUACUAAUAAUAUAAUUAUUAUUGGUGUUCCUAAAGGCUGAUUUUUUUUUUCAUUCCUGUAAAUUACAUUAUUGGUCCAUAAGUUUUACAAUUGUAAUGGUUGUCGACUUGUUUUUCCUUUGCCAGGGCUCUAGCAGAAGAAGAGUUAAAAACUAACAUUUCUGAAACAGAAGUGUUUGUGCUUCCAAGUGGUCAAGAAAUUGAGAAAGAAGGUACUUUGAGAGUAUACUCUUGUUGAAUAUUACAAUAUUAUGUGCAACAUUUAAUAAGGAAAGUUUGAAAAGAGCAACAAGCACAAAGCCCUAUCUGUAAGAUACAUGUGUUUGUACAGACCAUAAUCUGAUAGUAUGAACAAUAAAGGGAAAGAGCCUUGUCCACUUAACGGAGGUUACUAAUUAUGUGGGUACCGGUAUAUUCAUUUUUUUUAUUAUCUUGUACUGUUUUUAAUUUGUGAUGCAGGAGUGUCUGGUCCAUAUCAUAGAGGUUUCCUUACAAGUAACUGCUUGGGUAGAGGUUCAACUUUGUUAUGUAACUUUGUAACUCAUCUCUCUCAUUUGCAAACAAUAUUAUUUAUGGUCUUCAUGGACCCAGGCAAAUAUGGAGUCUUUGGUCGCAGGUGAAACCCACUACCUGUACACAGUAGUAACUUUUUCAAGCUUCCUUGAAACAACUACACCCUAACUUGUCAUGAUUCCUCCACAGCAAAUGAGCAUGCUGAUUUAGCAUUGAUCAAUCAGAGAAUCAGAGACAACCUACAGGCCCUCAGUAACUUCAACAGUGCUCGUGAGGAGGGAAGGUAAUAUAAACAAAUCAUGAGGCAUCUUUUUUAGGUAGUGUCAUCUCAAAUCAAUGCAGUUAUAAUACUAACUUUGACAAGGGAAAUUGUCAUAUUUGAUGAUGAUGCAUUAUUGGUGACUUAAGAUUUUCAGUCUUUUGAAAUAUCUAGAAGUUGUUUCUUCAGAAGUUUGACUAGUCAUUGUUAUUACAUGUAUUUACUGAGGUUAGGGGCAUCAUCUGUCAGCAAUUUUGAUUCAAAAAUGAAAUAUCAUGAACCUUUUAAGCCCUGAGAGUGAUCAGCAUCAAAGUUUUCCUUGUAUUAUCACUGCUUCAUAAAACACAGUGGUCAUGAGAAUUGAGGACAUGAUCACACAAGCUAAUUGAUACUUUGAAAAAUUCUCCCCACCACGUCUAUUGAAAAUGACUGGGAUAACAAAUGAGAAUUUGAAUUUUGAUAUUAGGGUUUAAAGGUUUAGUACACAUGUGCUCUUUGUUUAAUUGCAGGUCCAGACAGGAAUACAUUGAACUGCUUCUCAAUGACCUUUGUACAUAUUAUAGUUAUGGAAAAUUUCUUAUGGAAAAAUUUGUGGAGCUAUUUCCCUUGAAUGAGGUAAAACAGUAAGAGAGACUUAGUAAAAAUGAAAUAAAAAUUAUUUACAAAGACAAAUUACUUUAUGGGAAUUUUUUUUAGUUUUAAUAUUCAUGAUUCAAAUAAUUAAGUAAAAUCUGUUCUUUGAACAAUUAUUAUUGUGUAUCGAUCUUUUUAGAUAAAUGUAAUCACGUCUUUUGAUAUCUUAUAGCUUCUAGAAUUUCUUGAGGCAAAUGAAGUGCAAAGACCAGUAACAAUAAGAACAAACACUUUAAAGACAAGAAGAAGAGAUCUUGCCCAGGUACACCGUCAAUGUUUAUUUUUGACUUUUUCAUUUUUUAAAAAAGAAAGAGUGUAAUAAUAGUAAUGCAGUGCUUCUCUCAUUAAUUUUAACAAUGGCUUAAACCUAUGAAUUCGCUGAUUCAUUGUUUCCCACUUUCUACAGGCUCUCAUCAACCGUGGAGUCAAUUUAGAUCCAAUUGGCAAAUGGUCCAAAGUUGGACUGGUUGUGUAUGACUCUUCAGUGCCUAUUGGUAAGCUUUGUACACUGUCUGUGGUGAUGUAUUAAACAUUUGUGUUCAGGUUAUAUGUCCAAAGACUGACAAAUUACAAAUUAAACUGAUGUACCAGUACAUCUAGUGACAUUUACAUUAGAACAUCAGGGUCUGAGUGUUCAUCACCCUAAUUCAAACAAAGUGAUCUAAUGGAUGUCAUGUAUUUAAUGACAGCAUUUUUUCAUUUAAUUUUCUAAAUUUGCUAAUACUUAUAAUGCGUUCAAAUUAUUAUUGGUAGUUAUUUCAACGUAUUUUCACAAACCAAUUUUAUAAUUAAUGUCUGAAAUGCCCAAAAACUGCCUGCAGUUUUUAUUAUUUAUGUAUGUGACAACUUCAAAUUCCCAUAUAAAUUCAAAACAGAACAGUUUUAAAAAUCAUUUUGGUAAGGAAAGUAGGUUCAAAUGGUUUUCAAAGGCAUAUAUUAACCUUUGUUCCUGAUUUUAGGAGCAACCCCAGAAUACUUAGCUGGACACUACAUGUUACAGGGGGCUUCCUCCAUGCUCCCUGUGAUGGCCUUAGCACCUCAGGAGAAAGAACGCAUUCUGGACAUGUGUGCAGCCCCUGGAGGAAAAACAACCUACAUUGGUAAGUAUAUAAUCAGAUGUUUUGAUUGGAACUUACUCGUGGUUUGUAUAGUUGUUAGUACUAAUAGUGGAUAGAGGAUUUUGAAGUUUUCACCCCUUUCAUCAUUAAAUUUCAGAUCACUACAGUGCCUACACCUGUACUAUUGACAUGUACAUGUACACCUGAGACAUGCUUUCUGUUUUUGUUGCAUGACUCACAAUCUUUCUAUUGUCUUUUACCACCAUAUGACUGCAAAAUUUGUUUACUGUGCUGUUUUCAAUUCCGAAACAUGUUAAGUUACAGUUGUUUUAACAUUGCCUUUCUGUAGCUUCACUCCUGAAGAACACCGGUUUGGUGGUGGCUAAUGAUGCUAAGAGGGAGAGAACAAAAGCUUUGGUGGCCAAUAUCCACAGAUUAGGUGAGUUGAUGAGAAUUGAAAACUCUCUUUUCUCCCCAAUGAUAGAACAGAGCCAUUAAGUACAUUGAAACCUGAUUACUGGGCCCAUUGACCCAUUCUGGUGACAUUGGGGAGCUUAAGCAAUGACAACAGCGAUAGCAAUGAGAAAAGCAAACAAGCAAUAGGUUUAGAUUAGCAAAACAACAGAGCUCUCGAUCUGCACUUGCAUCAUGCUUUUUGUACAUUUCUUUGACGUUGUUGCAGGAUUACGCUGUAAAAGUGCCUAAUUUCUUGUUUUGUUGAGUAUGGGAACAGUAGAAAACAACUUCCUAUUAUUUUCCUGAACUUUGAUACAGUCCUGUAGAACUCAACUCCAAAAAAUUUUUCCCAAAUUUGAGAACUUAAACAAGAUGGAAUAAAAUAAAAAAAUGUCAUUAAGUUCAAAGCAGGGAGCAUUCAUUUUUUUGUGACAUUUUUGUAGCCGUCACCAUCCGUUGUUGCUUAAACUCCCUGUUAUCAACACCUUUCUCACUUCAUAACUUAUUAAACUUGAUAUUGUAUACUUAAACUAUGGUGUUCUAUUUUCUCUCAUUUUUAAAGGAAUAAGCAACACCUUGGUCUGCAAUUAUGAUGGUAGAGCAUUCCCCAAGGUAUUUGCUUAAUUUGUCUACCAGCAUUCUAUUGCUGUUCUUACAUUAUGUACUUUUGAAGUUCUAUGAUCUUCCAGUCAGGUUCUCAGAGACAUCUGUUGUAUAGGUUACACUGGUAGUCAGUGCCUUGAUGACUCGUAGUUUAUAUAACUUUUUCGGUGAUCUUUAUGUUGAAGGUGAUGGCAGGUUUUGAUCGUGUUCUGCUUGAUGCUCCGUGUAGUGGCACAGGAGUCAUAUCAAAAGAUCAGUCUGUCAAAAUCAACAAGGUAUUAUUAUAACAAUAUCUCACCCUUCUCUUUAUGACAGUUUUAGAUUAAUAUUGUACUGAUUUACAUUCAGUUGCAUACAUGGAACAGAUUUUUCUUUCCUAUUUUUAUAUGGUCUUAAUAACAGCUGCCUAGCUAACAUAAGUCAGAUGUUGGCUAUAUCAUCGAGGCAAAACCCACCAACUGCGGGUGAGGUUCAUAGUGCUACCCAUACUAAGUCCCAUUUAAUAAAUCAAUAUCAUCACCUGAUGAAGACAACCGGCAGUAGGUGGUUGAAAUGUCAUGAUCAAUAGCAAAGUGAACACUACUAUUAGCAGACAUGUGUGUUUUUUUACCACCUUUUCCUUCUCUAAUUUGCUUGCUUUAUUGUUUUGUUAACUUAUUGCAGACAGAAAAAGAUAUCCAGCGAUGUUCUCAUAUCCAAAAAGAACUUUUAUUAGCAGCAAUUGAUGCUACAGAUGCUAAGUCAUCCACUGGUGGUUACAUUGUAUAUUCUACCUGCUCAGUUCUUGUAAGCCAUUUAUUUUUUUGUUUUGUUUUAUACUGUGUAAAAUAUGAUGCAAGUCAUUAGCAAUAGUUGUAGUGUAGUUGUUAUAUUAAUUUUAAGUGAAAGACUAAAAAUUGAAAUAAUGUUAUUAAAGGCUUAUUAAUUGGAUGGCACCUUGAGGCUCUCGCACUUUUCGCGGGAGCCUCAUCAACAAGAAUGGUACAGUAAUAUAUACACACUGUGCACAAGAGGUUCAUAAUCCACGCACUAGUGAACAGAACCAGCUACUGGUCCUUCCUGGCAUCAACAAACACUAACAGCCAUUGGGCACUAUAAUUACUGGCACAUUAAUGUUACUCUUUUUGUUGAUAUUUAACAGGUAGAAGAAAAUGAAUGGGUAAUUGACUAUGCCCUCAGUAAAAGACAUGUCAAGCUUGUAUCAACUGGCCUCGACUUUGGUAAAGAAGGAUUCACCAAGUAAGGAAACAUAAUAAAAUAUGCAACAUUCUGGCGCUAGUAAAGUUAAUUAUUAUUAUAUAAUAUCAUGGUAAAAUAGCCUGGUUAGUCUUUCAACAAAAAUAUUAAAUUAUCUUGGUAGUCUCAUUAUACUCAUUACAAAAAUGAUUAUUCAAUUAAUUGAAAGGAAAGGAUCUUUCAGUGAUACUGCUGAGCAAUAUGUGGUCAUUCUUUUCCUCUUUUCUAUAAACUUAGCAGCAACUUAAAACAAAUUAAUUCUUGGUUAUUUCCUGUGAAAUAAAAAGGAACUAACAAAGGGAUAAUUUAUACACUUCAGUUACUUGUCUGCUCUGUCAUCUUUUCAUCUACUAACAUAGUGAUAAUUUUUUCAGUUGUUUUUCUGCUCAAUCAUCCAUGCAUUUGUUUAUUAUUCUUAUGAUAAAAUUACUUUUUUCAGGUUUAGAGGGAGACAUUUUCAUCCUUCUCUUAAACUGACAAGGAGAUUUUUUGCUCACACUCACAAUAUGGAUGGCUUCUUUGUUGCCAAGUUGAAAAAAUACUCCAACAAAAUUACAACUGAAGGUAGGAAUCUGGACAUACUUCCUGGUUAUCAAAACAACAGGGCACAUAAUAUAGCAGUCUUCUACAAAUGCCAUAACAUGUACAUAUGUACUUUAUGGGUUUUUUAAAAAAGUGACUUGGCUCUUGUUAGAAUAACAGCAGGUUAUCAGUUGCACACUGCUGCCAACUUCACCUUCAUUUUCUCAUGGAUGGUCUCUUUUAUUGUCUCCCUACAUCAAUUAACCUGCUUUGACACCCACUUAUGUCCAGGAUUGAUCUUGUUAGCAAAAAUUUGCUAGCAAAUUGCUUUCACAAUUUUCGCAAAAGAAAACAGUGUUUUAGAAGUUCCGUCCCUUAUAAUGCAUCAAUAUAUGAAAGUAAAAUAAAUGUAUUAAAGAGCUGGGAUAUUAAAUAAAGCAUGUUUACAAUUUUUUUUUUAUCCAUAUUAAUUAUUGCCCUCUCUCAUGAUAUUUUCUCUAUUUACUUUUGCAGAGACCACUGGUCAAAAAGAAAAUGUGAAUAAAACUUCUGAACCAAAACAAGACACAGAAAAUAGUGACACCAAACAAACUACCAAAGAAAAGAAAAAGAAAAAGAAAUUCAGGGUUCCUAAAACAAAGAAAGGAUUUAGAAAAAAUGCUGAUAAAAGAAAACCAAAGACCAGCUGA